UGGUAUACAAUUUUGGGCGCAGUUUGGGCGUACAGAUUGCAAAGGCAACGCCUGCUUUUCCACCAUUUUCCAGAGUAAAUUCUGAGUGUUAUUUAGCGAUUCUGAGCCUACGAGGAGACACCAUUGCAGUGAAACAUGUCCGAAAGUUGCAAAACAGUUGCCAUUAUCGGCGCAGGAGUCACCGGCCUAACAGCGAUCAAAUGCUCCCUUGACGAAGGCCUUCAACCAACUUGCUUCGAGAGGUUUGAUUCCAUCGGAGGACUGUGGACCUAUCGAGAUACUGAUGCCGAGUACCAGACAGCUUCCGUCUACAAGACGACAGUCACCAAUACCAGCAAAGAAACUAACGCAUUCAGCGAUUUCCCGUUCCCAAAAGAAUGGCCGAAUUAUAUGCACCACUCCUACAUGAAUAAGUACCUCAACAUGUACGCUGAUGAGUUUGGCCUGGAGAAAUGCAUCCGUCUGUCGACCAGCGUGACACGCCUUGAACAGGCUCCUGACUACGACAUCAGUGGGCGGUGGGUGGUCACCACCAAACACAAGAAUGAGAUGGAGACUAGCCAAGAGUUUGAUGCCGUCAUGAUUUGUACUGGGAUGUUCAACAACCCGUUCACUCCAGACGUUCCGGGUAUGGAUGAGUUCCAGGGGAAGAUUUCACACACUAAUGGUUACAGGACCGCGACGGAGUUUGAAGGAAAACGAGGUGUCGUCGUGGGUAUCGGUAAUUCAGCAGGUGAUGCUGCUACAGAAACAAGCCGUGUAGCUUCACAGGUUUUCUUAAGCGCAAGACAUGGGAUGUGGUUAUCAUCUCGUCGUGGACCCAAAGGGUAUCCAAUUGAGUUAGCGGUGGUGCGAAGACGCUUCCUCCGUCCUUUGAGCAUGGUCAUGAGAUCCUUCGAGAAAUCGUUGGAGGAGCGAUACGAAAUGGUUCAAAAGCCUUUGAAACCCGCCUUCGGAGUCUUGGCCAGUGAGUUACUGCUGAAUGAAGACAUACCAGGCUGUAUCUUGAACGGUUCUGUAGUCAUCAAAGGGGACCUGGCGAGGUUUACCAAAACAGGGGUAGAAUUUGUAGACGGUUCGCGCGAGGACAACAUCGAUUUUGUCAUCUUUGCUACCGGGUAUCGCUUCGAUUUCCCGUUCAAGACCGACUGCCCUGCGCUACAGGUCCUGGAUCAACACGUCCCCUUGUACAAGCUCGUCUUCCCCCUGGGCCUGAAGCACAGCACGCUCUCAGUCAACGGCCACAUCAAACCCGUCGGCGCGGUUGGUCCAUGCUCCGAACUGCAGGCUCGCUGGGCGGCGAGGAUCUUUAAAGGGUUAGCAAAGCUCCCGUCACAAUCAGAACUUGCAGCAGAAGUCAAAAUGGCGGAUGAAGAAAUGGCGGCAAGCUUCGCUAAUCAUCAUCGUCAUGUCCACCCGUUACUGUACAUGGACAAUAUUGCGACUGAAAUUGGCGCCAGACCAAAUUUCUUGAAGAUGUUUUUCACAGAUCCAGAGAUGAGCCUUCGAUGUGUUUUCGGUCCGGCCAUACCGUUCCACUACCGACUGGUUGGCCCUGGAAAGUGGGCCGGUGCACGGGAGGCAAUCGCUACUGUUUGGGACAGGGUGCUUGAGCCGGUGAAGACUAGAAAACCUACCGAUCAAACCACUAAAAGUGGUUCCCAAAUGCUCUUCGUCUGUUUGGGUAUAGCUGUACUGGUAGCUGUAGUAGGCGUGCUUAUGGUCUGCAACUAACAAGCUUUUAGGCCCUUUUCGAAUCCAUGGCUUCGGCUUCAAGCUCCGUUCUCUCGUCUCAAGCGCAAUGUUGUGAACAACCGCAGGGCCAAGCUAGCCUGAGCCGAAUCUGCAGCCGAAGUCGUGGUUUCGAAAAGGGCCCGUUGACAACUAAGGUACAGACUAGGUAUGUGGUACAGGCUAUCGGUCCAUUUGAAAUUGGGUAAUUAGCCAUUUUGAGAGUUAAAUUUGAAUAAUGUCUGGUACAAUGAUUUACCUUUAU